UGACAAAAUAAUAUUUCAGAUGACGUGCAACGACUGACGUAACUAAAAUGAGAGAUGAUUAAAUUUACAGUUGAAAUAGAUAAGAAAUCUUAAAUAAUUUUAUUUUUAUUAAUGUUUCAUGUUUCUUUUAACCUAGUUUUCUGAGCGCUGACCUGACUAGAGGGGUUGUGAACAUCAGGCGACGCUCAUGGCUGUAACGAUGGAACUGGAAGAGAGCGCAUCUGACUCCAAGUUGCACAAAGACAGCACUGCCAAGAAGGAACUGCGACCUUCGAGUGCCAUUUCUUUAUCUAAGUCUGAAAAUGGACCAGAAACGACAACAUCAUCCGAGCAGCUGAAACAAUACAAGAGCUGGGUAAGCAACGAGAGAUGGAAUGAGUUGAAGAAGAUAGCCGAAACAGCGAUGAAGGAGCGCAAGGUGUUCAUGAUCAAGGGCGGAGGGUUCCCUGCCGUCCGCCGAGCGCUACUCGAGCGCGGUUGGGUCGAAAAAUAUGAAUCGCAUAAGGAUAUGUUUAAGGUCCGCCACCCCCCGUCAAAUUUAGAUCCAAAAAAAGUAACUGGCAAGGAGCUGUCGAAAGUGGAACGAAUGAUUCUCUACAAAUUUAUGGAACACCAUUCAGUUGAUUUUUUAUGGACCACUAAACGCGACAAGUACGACUGGUUACUUAGCAAUAAAGAUGUUGUAAUUAGCAGAUUUUGCAGAUCAAUUUUCACUACGAAAGAAGGUUUGACUACAUCUUUGACACAAAUGCAUUGGUAUACCGAGCCAGGUGUAGCAUUAACAAAAUUUCCACGUUGUUACAACAUUCACAACUCCGACAGUCUUGAAGAGUUCAUCGACGAUUUUAGGAUAACGGCUUGUAUCAGUAUUCUAAAAUGGCUUUCCGGUACAUUGCAAAACAAUAGUGAACAAAACCUCGUUAUCACUCAUGGAAAAGUUCCGUUCAGCUCCAUAGAGUUUGCAAUGAACAGGCUGAAUGAAUACAUUUCCUUUUUCACUCACAAAGACAUAGACGAGACGGAAGACCAAGUCCACGUAUGGGAGCACGAAUGGGAUCUUUUCCUGACCCACCACUAUUUACUGGUGCAUGAAAAUGCCAAGUUUAUUGAAGACAAAAAUAUUAAUAUAAGGCAACUCGAAAGAAAAGCGGCCAAGGUUUUGGGAACUAUGACUAAGUUUUGGCCACAAAUUGAUAUUGAUGGUGUUUUAAAUAUAUGGAUCGUCAAGCCAGGUAAUAAAUGCCGCGGACGAGGUAUUCAACUGAUGAACAAUAUAAAGGAUAUAAUAGGACUCAUAAACAUACCCGCUCAGAAAACUAGAUAUGUCGUCCAAAAAUAUAUCGAAAAUCCUCUUGUUAUUUACGACACCAAAUUUGAUAUAAGACAAUGGUUUCUCAUUACCAACUGCCAGCCACUAACAAUUUGGGUAUACAAAGACAGCUAUUUAAGAUUCAGCUCCCAAAUAUUCAGUCUAUCCAAUUACCAUGAGUCAGUCCAUCUCACAAACAAUGCCGUUCAAACUAAAUACAAAAAUAACGGCAGCAGAGACAAAGCAUUGCCUGAUGAGAAUAUGUGGGACUGUCACACCUUCAAAGCUUAUCUUCGACAGAUAGGAAAAUACGAGUUGUGGGAUACAAAAAUCUACCCGGGAAUCAAACAGUGUUUGAUAGGAGCAAUGUUAGCGUGUCAAGAGACUAUGGACAAACGACAAAACAGCUUCGAAUUGUAUGGAGCUGAUUUUAUGCUGACAGAAGAUUUUACACCUUGGCUUAUUGAAAUAAAUUCUAGCCCUGAUCUGGCACCUACUACAUCGGUGACUGCACGACUAUGCCCUCAAUGCCUGGAGGACGUGAUAAAAGUGGUCCUCGAUCGAAAAAGCAAUCCUGAUGCUGACACCGGGUUUUUUGAACUAGCCUAUAAACAAACAAUACCAAAAGCCCCAGCAUACCUUGGAUUAUCCUUAUGCAUUAAUGGCAAGAAAAUGAUCAAGAAAUCCAAAGAGAAAAGACAUGAGACCAGAAGUGUCACUCCCUUGGUACCACGCGAACCGGCCGGAGAUGCAAUUAGAACAAACGACCAACCAAUACCAUCAGAAUACAAUGGGCCAAUCAUUACAGAUUUCCUCACGUGGUUGAAUCCCUACGAUGCACUACCAACUAAUAAGGACGGUAUUUUACUGGGUCCGAAAGAAUCACUGACGGACACACCGAGGAAGACGAGAAAAAAGCACAGAAUAUAAACGACGGAUCGUACCUCACUCAUGCUGUCGACCUAAUGAAGGACAAUCUGCCAACCACGCUGGUAAAUACCGGACGGAAUCCGCGCGUAAAAUAGAAAAGGAUAGGGUGGACACAUCAGUGGGUAACAAACGUUGUUAUAUUGAUCCAGCAGAGUGGGAAAGGGAAACGGCCAGCAUUCUCCGCUCCACUAUCUCGGUCCAGAACAAAUGUAUAAGUAGCUCAGAAUCUGUAGUUCCUAUACGACAAACGAAGUAUAAUGCACAUAAUGUUAAAAAUAAAUCAAUGCUAGAUUUGACCAAAAUUCAGAAUGAUGACGAGUCUGAUCCCGUCAAAAAACUGAGUGCUAUAGGCAGGAAUAUAUGUAAAUUAAAAAAUGAAAACAGGUCGAAGAAAACGAUAACUUUUUCUAAAAGUUGCACGUCUAUUUACGCCCCAUAUCGGGUUGUGGUAACGCCGCUAAACGACACUCCUUCCUAAUCGAAAUUUAAAGAAACCGUGUUUCAAAUUAGUGAUCUUUAAAAUGGUUUCUUAUCUUUUACGCAAGUACUUUUUGGCUAGUAAAGAAUUUACUAUUUUUCUCGGAACUUGUUGAUGCCUUCAAAUUUUAUGACAUUAAAAUAUAUUUAGACAAAACUUUGAUACCUAAUUAUUUUAUGAAUAAUAUAUGUAUAAACAGUCCGAAAUACCCAAUAAUUUCCUAGACCUUUCCUCCUUUUGUUGUAAGUAGUUUGAACUCAAAGCAUUCUCUUUGACUCAAAGCAUUAUUUUUCAUCUCAUAAUGACAAGCUAAAAUUGACAUGCAAUACAUUUAAUCAAAAUUUUCAAAAAGUAACACAAAAAAAUUAAAACAAAUCACAAAUUCUCAAAUACAACAUGAAUUAAACAAAUCUGAGCAAUUAAGUAUUAUGAAUGAACUUACAUUUCGCUUUACCCAAAUUAAAUUGCAAUAACUCAAACUAAAGUGUUAAGUACUUAUAGAAAAUUUAGGUACGUAUAUACGUAUGUACGUAUAUUGUUGGCGUCAGAUGUAUUAACUAUCUAAUAAUUAUAAACUAAUAACAUCAAAAAUAAUGGUACACGUUGUAAAUAACAAUGCCAAUCAAAAAGAAAAGAACGCUCAAGAAGAAGAAGGCAAGUCACGAAUCGUCAUUCUUCUUUAAGAGAAAAAUAAAGUCAAUUACAUGUGAUCAUUUAGAAGAUACUACAGACGCCGCAGCUAGUAAAAAAAGAAAUCGACGUAAUAAAAGAAGUUAUG